CUCCGGGAGCGUGGGGACGGGGUCAGGGUCAGGGACCGGGGACCGGGGACCGGGGACAGGGACAUGUCGGGAGCCGAGGCCCAGCACCGGCGGCUGCAGAAGGCGGUGGACGGGAUGGUGCAGGCACUGGAGAGAGAGCAGAUCCGGAAGAUGCAGGGGAAGAUGUUCCGGUGCAGCGCAGACUGCUGCGAGAAUGGGAACGCGUCCAUGGAGGAGGUACAUCAGUGUAUCGAGCGGUGCCACUCCCCUCUUGCCAAGGCCCAGGCUGCUGUCACUGGGGAGCUCGAGAGGUUCCAGAAUCGGCUGCAACGCUGCAUGAUGGACUGCAACGACAAAGGGAAGGACGCCUUCGAUUCCGGACUCAAAGAGCCCGAUGUCAGACUAAAGGUGGAGUCCUGUGUCACUAAAUGCGUGGACGAUCAUGCAGUCCUCAUCCCAAGCAUGACGCGUACACUAAAGGAAUCAUUGACCUCCAUAGCAAAAUGAGGCAGCACCUCAGGUCUAAAGUCAGAUUUCGACUCGUCCAUUUGAUGGUUCUUUUACUCUCGUUGAUUUCUGCACUAAAGGGAGCUUGGUACCAGGCAGCAGGUGCUAAGCACUAAAUAUUUUACAGGGGAGGCAACAGAUGUGCUUCUACCUCCCCGCCCCACCACUGCUCUCCUCACCGGAUCACAACCAGGACCUACAUUUGCGUGGGAUUGUGGGUGUGCUCCCCGUCUUAUCUAUGGUGUUUCUACCCUGCAGUUAACUACCCUGCAGUUAAUCCCACAGUUCUAUUUGUACUUGAUAAGCCUGCUGUUUGCAUUCCGACGAACAGUGUUGAAUUCUACUAGUUGAGUAUGUUAGGGAUUUUUUUCUGUCCGCAACGCACUGCAAAUGGUACAGCACCCUGCAGUCACAACUUAGCAAGUGCAACGAGAGUAUGGCUGAAAAGAGAAAUGUGGCUCAGAAACUUUUUGACUUGCCACCCAUCUUUUCUCCAGUACUGUAAAUAAUUGUAAUUGUUUGAAAAUUGCCAUUCUUGUAUUUGUCCCGAUGAGUGCAAGAUGAAAGGCUUUGGCAACAUGUCUCUCUUUUCAGCAAUUCGUCAAACUCUAAAGCAGGAACAUUAUCGUUUCACACUUGACUGCCACCCCUGGUCCUGUCCCUGCGUCAGUCUUGAGUUUCGAUUUUCGCCAGCUCCAUAAUAUUCUGCAAGAAUUCUGAUUUAAAUGGCCGAUCAGGAAGGAGCCGAAAUAAAUUCAGAGUUUUUGGUUUUAUUUCUGCUUUGCUCAAGAGUUGUGGGGUGUCUGACAUAACACUGCUGCUGACCACCAUCGCUCUGUGUCGUUUGAACCUUGGAAAUAAGUGUGUAAACAUUUACAAGUGGAUGAAAACACUUCCUGCAACCAGAGACUAAAGAGGAGAAUCGGCUUUUUUUGUUGGAGUGUAACCAAAGAUGUCCUGUUGUAAAUUUGUGUUAUCAUAAUGCUGCCUUGAGAGGUAUACUAUGAAGCCUUUCUGUGUCUUAUUCAUCUUCCAUCUGGAGUUGGUUUAACUGUGAAGUUUUCCUACAUGGGACUGUGUGUGCAAUGUCCAAUUAAAGAAAGAUUUUCAUCA